AUGCCUAUCUCCAAGAAGGACCGUAUCCACCGCGAGCACAAGAAGGCCGAGGCCGCUGGCACUCGUGUCCCCGUCAACCCCAAUGGCACCCCGGUCAAAAAACCAAAGGCAACCUCUAUCUGCGUCUUCUGCAAGAAGGAAUUGCACGCCGGUAAGCCCAAGCUCAUUCCCGACACGCCAUGGUCAAACAUGACCCAUCUCUGA